CCUCCCUCUUGUUCUUCCUGCGUCCCCCUGUGGAGUGCGGCGCUGGCCUUCCGCGCACGGCGGCUCACUGCGCCUGCGCGGCGUGUGGACGCCACACGCUCCCGGAAGUGGGAGGUGGCCGCUCGAGUUUGUGUGGCCGCCGCCGCGGGAACGCGAGCCCGGUAAUUUUUCAACGGAGAAAGCCGAGGCUUUCGGGUUCGGCACAGUGAGACUGAGCAAGUGUUCGGCUGUAGCAGCUCUCCUCUGGAGUGACAGCCGGCAUGGAGGAUCCACAGAGUAAAGAGCCUGCCGGCGAGGCCGUGGCUCCCGCGCUGCUGGAGUCGCCGCGGCCGGAGGGCGGGGAGGAGCCGCCGCGUCCCAGUCCGGAGGAAACUCAGCAGUGUAGAUUUGAUGGCCAGGAGACAAAAGGAUCCAAGUUCGUUACCUCCAGUGCGAGUGACUUCAGUGACCCAGUAUACAAAGAGAUUGCUAUUACAAAUGGCUGUAUUAAUAGAAUGAGUAAGGAAGAACUCAGAGCUAAGCUUUCAGAAUUCAAGCUUGAAACCAGAGGAGUAAAGGAUGUUCUAAAGAAGAGACUGAAAAACUAUUAUAAGAAGCAGAAGCUGAUGCUGAAAGAGAGCAAUUGUGCUGACAGUUAUUAUGACUACAUUUGUAUUAUUGACUUUGAAGCCACUUGUGAAGAAGGAAACCCACCUGAGUUUGUACAUGAAAUAAUUGAAUUUCCUGUUGUUUUGCUGAAUACGCAUACUUUAGAAAUAGAAGACACGUUUCAGCAGUAUGUAAGACCAGAGAUUAACACACAGCUGUCUGAUUUCUGCAUCAGUCUUACUGGAAUUACUCAGGAUCAGGUAGACAGAGCUGAUACCUUCCCUCAGGUACUAAAAAAAGUAAUUGACUGGAUGAAAUUGAAGGAAUUAGGAACAAAGUAUAAAUACUCAAUUUUAACAGAUGGUUCCUGGGAUAUGAGUAAGUUCUUGAACAUUCAGUGCCAACUCAGCAGGCUCAAAUACCCUCCUUUUGCUAAAAAGUGGAUCAAUAUUCGGAAGUCAUAUGGAAAUUUUUACAAGGUUCCUAGAAGCCAAACCAAACUGACAAUAAUGCUUGAAAAAUUAGGAAUGGAUUAUGAUGGGCGGCUUCACUGUGGUCUUGAUGACUCUAAGAAUAUCGCCCGAAUAGCAGUUCGAAUGCUUCAGGAUGGGUGUGAACUCCGAAUCAACGAGAAAAUGCAUGCAGGACAGCUAAUGAGUGUGUCCUCUUCCUUACCAAUAGAGGGCACUCCACCGCCACAAAUGCCACAUUUUAGAAAGUAACAACAGUUUUGUGUGUGGAUCAUUCCAGUUGAAGUUGCUAUGAAGAGGUAGCAGAUGAAUCUCAUUGAAUUAGUCCUAUAGUGCAAACUUUAAGCACCUUAAAACAUUUAAAAUCUUAUUACAGGUGAUAGAGAUAGAUACAUGUAUGUGAACAGAUUUUGUAGGAAGGCAUACUGAAUUCUUUGUCACCAGCACUUUUGAUAUGAGCAGUAUUCGUUAUACAGUAACAGUUCCUGCUUAGAACUGAAUUUUAUAAUUUAAGAUGUUCAAUAUAUAUUCUUUUUGGUUUUAAAAUUGCAAAAUCUUAUUGGCUGUUCUCUUGAAUGUCGUAUCUUACUGGUGUUUAAAUAUGUAAUGUAUUUCUUUAUUAACAUCACUAGAUGAAACCAUAUCUUAAAAUGCAGAAAUGAUUGGAAGGUAGGUCUUAUCUAGCCUUUGGAUUUCAAGAAUAUCAUAGUCCUUUUGAUUUUCAAAGUUUAUAUGUGAAGUUCACCAUGUAUGUGGUGAAUUUCAUAAGGUACUUGGUAUACAUAUUUGCCUAUGUUUCUUUUCAACUCAUAAUUGGAAGAAUUGUGUUGGGUUAUAGAGUCUGGUUAAAAACUCAGUUACCGAAGGAAUUAAUGACAACUCAGAAGAAAAUACUAAAAGGAAUAUUGUAAGGGCUGUAGCUCAGACUUAAUAGUACAUAAAUCACUGCGGUCUUUUUGGAUUUGGUUGUUUGAUUCGCCUUCCUUUUUUGACAUAUAUAUGCCUUAAUUCUUAAAUCUGAGGGACCAUGCUUUGAAAUAGACUGAAAAUUAAGGGUCACCACCUAAUUUUACUUUGUAUUCAGUAUCGUAAGUGAGGUUAAUAAAGUCAAUACUUUCUACCAUAUAUUAUGUUUUUGUUAUUAAAAAACUUCAUUGGCCACCAGUGAAGUCAGUCAAUAAAAGACUUGUUUUUCUGAUUUUACAUAGUAAAUGGCUGCUAAAUAUUGUGUAAUUCUUAACUAAUUCUAAAAGCUAAAAGUGCAUUUUGACUUCAUAAGGUAAAACUCUUAUCUAGAGGCUAAACCCAUGUAUUUUCAGAACUGAAUUUUUCUCCUUGUAGCUUUCAGGGAACAAUUUCAUUGACAUUGCUUGCUUCCUGCCUUUUACCUUUUAAUAAAAAUUGUGAUGUUAGUUUAUUCUAAAGAUUUAUAUUUUAUAACCAAAUGAAUUUCCUCAAAGGUUUCCAAACCUGAUGUAUAGGGUGAAAAGCAGGAAAGUAAACAUUUUUCUUGGCGUGGGAAUUCUGUACAUAGGGCAGUAGAUUUCUUAAGCCAAUAAAUUUCUGCUUUUGAGCAGUAGUCAUAUAAUCAGUAUCGUAAAGAAAAAUGUGUAAAUAACAGAAGGCAUAUGAGUGUGUGGUGUUCUAGAUGUUACAGAUUAUAGUAAAAUAAGGAAAUCUAAGUGCUUUAAGUUUGUACAGUUAACUGUUAGGUUAAGAGGGCUGUAUGCUGAGAUGUUUGUGAAUCCCAGAUAGCACUGUAAGAUAACCUGUAAAAUAUUACUGAAUACUGAAUAGCUGAAACUGCGAUUGGAAAAUCUCAUGAUGACAAGGAAAUACUACGUUUCCAGUUUUUUUUAGCUCUAUCUGCUAAUUUCUUUGCCCAUUUUCACUUUUGCCAAGUACCAGCAAGCUCAUGUUGUAUUUCUUUUUAAGAACUUCAACAUUAUAAGCUCUCACUACCCUAUUUUGUUGUUGUUGUUGUUGUUUGAGACAGAAUUUUUGCUUGUCUGCCAGGAUGGAGUGCAGUGGUGCGAUCUUGGCUCACUGCAACCUCCGCCUCCUAGGCUCAGGUGAUCCUCUUGCCUCAGCCUCAGGUGAUCCUCUUGCCUCAGCCUCCUGAGUAGCUCGGAUUACAGGUGUGUGCCACCACACCCGCCUCAUUUUUGUAUUUUUAGUAGAGGUGGGGUUUCACCAUUUGGUCAGGCUGGUCUCGAACUCCUGACCUCAAGUGAUUUGCCCACCUUGACCUCCUACAGACGUGAGCCACUGCGCUCAGCCAUAGAUUUUACUGUCUUAACCCGUUUUAAUUCCUCUGUUGAGUCUCUGUCGUCCCCUCCAAUCUGAUUUGGGAUUUUGCUGAUGAAAUGAUACUAAACAUUGAGAGUACUGCUUUUUACUCUGGCUUUUAUUGUGUUGUCUUUGAAAGACAAAUAGUACAACUUUUUACAACGAAACACAUAAGAGAUGGAUGUCCACGAAAACAAUAUUAGUAUAUUGUGUUAUUGUUUCUUCUUAUUAAUAGUAUUUACAAACUAUUAAUUACUAGCUAUGUUAAUUUUUAUUCUAUGCUUCAUAUGCUCUGACAUUGACACAGUGGAUUUCUGCUGAUUUUUUUCAAAUCCACAGUCUUUAUAACCAACUGAAGUGUAUAAUAGAGCAUUAUAUUUUAUCUUUAUUUGGUUCUUUUGGAUCAAGUAUUUAACAUUUGCUCUGAAAAAAAAUGUUUUUGUGAUGUGUCUUUGUUGCCUUGAGAUCUGUUUAUCCUGCCUCCUAGGGAGAAGUUUCUGCCUGGAUUGAAACAAGAAAAUCCAGGAGUCACAAGCAUGUUACCUAUUAAAAGAGAAAGGGUAUUUCUGAGGACUAAUUAAAAUGCUAAUUUUUUUAAAAGAUAUGACUAGUUAAUUUUUACUGUAUCACCCCAAGUAUUAUCCCCAAAAUGAUCAUGCAAAGCAGAAUAAUUUGGAGACCAGGAGAAAAACUGGUAGUAGGAUUACUGGGGAGGGGAAGAAGCACAGGUGGUCAAGAUAAUAAUGCAUGUUUGGCCUCAGCUGUAGGUAGACGUGCCAAAGAAACUACCUGCCUCACAGAUGAGCACACACGGGUGCAUUGUCAAAGUCUGAGAAGGAUGUAUUUUACCUCGAAGGAAGACUUUCCAUUUCUAAGCUACCAUGGAGAAGUAUAAGCUCCUUGAGGCCAGAGACUGACUUCUGCAUCUUUGAUUCCAGCGACAUAUGAUAAAAUGUUUUGCACAUAGUUGAAUCCAGCAUUGAUAAAUGAAGGACAGCAUUACAUCUUUUUUCUAUUAUACUUAGAAAUUUCCUCUUUGUUCUGCACCACCACCCUGUGUAUCAAGCCUCCCUGCCCCACAAAGCUUCCAAAGCCCAUAAAUUUGUUAAUCUAGAGCCGGGGUCAGCAAACUGCCACCCAUGGGCCAAAUCUGGCCUGCUGUCUAGUUUUGUAUGGCCUACAAACUAACUAUGGUUUUUAUAUUUGUUGAUGGCUCAAAAUAAUAUUUUGUAUAAUGUGAAAAUUACGCGAAAUUUUAGUUUCUCUAAAUAAAGUUUUGGAAAGAA